UAACCACUCCACUUCACUCCCAUCCAUUCCUUUUAUCUUCUUUCUCCUCAUUAUCUCUCACACUCUGCUCCCUCUCUCUCAGCUAAACUAUUCGCCAUGGGAGCUUCACAUUACUUUUUCUUCUUCCUUGCCUUAUCCGCCGCCGUUUCAGCUCAUAACAUCACCGACAUUCUCUCCGGCUUCCCGGAGUAUUCUCAGUUCAACGAUUUCUUAACCCAAACAAGGUUAGCCGAUGAAAUCAACAGCCGCGAGACAAUCACUGUGUUAGCUCUUAACAAUGGUGCCAUGUCAGCUCUUUCAGCCAAACACCCGCUCCCCGUCAUUAAAAAUGCUCUCAGCCUCCUUGUUUUGCUCGACUACUAUGAUCCCUCUAAGCUCCACCAGAUCUCUAAGGGCACCACUCUCUCCACCACUCUUUACCAAACUACUGGAAAUGCCCCUGGGAAUUUAGGGUUUGUGAAUAUCACCGAUCUUCAAGGCGGUAAAGUCGGGUUCGGCUCGGCUGCUCCCGGCUCCAAGCUUGAUACGACUUACACCAAGUCGGUCAAACAAAUACCUUAUAAUAUCUCUGUACUCGAGGUCAACGCGCCGAUUAUUGCUCCGGGGAUCUUAACAGCUCCGGCUCCGUCAGCUGAUGUGAACAUAACCGGCUUGCUUGAAAAAGCUGGAUGCAAAACUUUUGCUAGCCUGCUUCUUUCAAGCGGUGUGAUUAAGACCUACCUGUCAGCUGCUGAUAAAGGUUUGACCAUUUUUGCACCAAACGACGAGGCGUUUAAGGCUGCCGGAGUUCCUGAUCUGAGCAAGCUUACGAAUGCUGAGGUGGUUUCUCUUUUAGAGUAUCACGCCUCCGUUGGUUACAGUCCUAAAGGAGCUUUGAAGACUAAAAAAGAUCCAAUCUCAACUCUGGCUACUAACGGCGCUAGCAAGUACGAUCUGACGGUUUCUACUGCCGGCGAUGACGUCACUCUCCACACCGGUGUUGCUUCAUCGAGAGUCGCUGAGACUGUUCUUGACUCAACUCCUCUUGUGAUCUUCACCGUUGAUAAUGUGCUUUUACCUACUGAGUUGUUCGGAAAAGCUCCAUCGCCUGCUCCAGCUCCUGAGCCGGUGAGUGCGCCAUCUCCUUCUCCGGCGACAAGUCCCGCUCCUGCUAGCGUUGAGGCACCGUCGCCGUCGGCUGCUUCUCCACCUGCUCCGCCAAUGGAUACGCCUGUAGGAGCGCCUUCUGAUGCGCCGGCGGGAUCAGAGAAUAGCACUGCGGAUAAGGAUAAUGCUGCUGCUGUUCACGUGACUGCAUCUGCAUUGUUUACGCUAUUUUCUGCCACUGUAAUUUGUUCGAUUCUCAUGUCCUGAAUCGUAAUUAUGUAGCUCUGUUAAUUACUUUACAUUUUUCUUAAUUUUUGGAAUAUUGAGACGUUUGUUGUUUA